GCGUACCACCCCUAUUCUGUUAACACUGUGUGAAACUGAGCAAGGAGACGCCACUGGAUCUUGAGUGAAAAUCUGUCAAAUUACCAACUUAAAACAAACUCUCCUGCGAUAAAUAACCUUACUGAGGUGGACCGUUAUCUGAGCGGAUGUGUGGGGUUGUGUUAAUCACCUGCGGCACAAGACGUUGAACUUUCGUUUUUGGAUUGUGUCUUCAGUUUUUGGAUCAUCAAUCUUCAACUUCAUUAUUGUGGAGCCGACCUGAGAGUGGAGGUCUGCACCGGAAGUGUUUCCACAGUGGAGGUCUGCAGUUGGACCCUCUUGAAAAUUCCCGCCUUGUUUCUCCACUGAGGACGUCUGAGAAGUUGGAGCUGAAGCAUGUGAGGAAAAUAUAAGCAUCAAUCACUUACAGUCCCCUCCAAAGUAUUGGAACGGUUUCUGCGCCUGGAUCAGGGAGACACUGAUGAGCCAAAUGCAGCAGAACUGAGGCAUUAUGUAUGUCCACCUUGAUUAGCCUCCACAAAUGAAAUUUCAACAAAAGAAACGCAUGAUUAUAGUCGCCAUCCUCCUCAUUCUCUCCCUGUACUGGAUAUUGAGGCUUGAGAGGAUCUUGAAGAACUUGACCACGUCCUACAAAGCCCCCACUAAGAAGCCAGUGCAACUAAAAUUCCCUCCACACUGUGGUUCAGGAUAUGUAGUUCCUGAGGGAGAAAAGGUGGCAGUCAAAAGCACGAAGACAGUGCUGUUAUCAGCUUAUCGGGAGCACCGCACAGGACAAAAUGAGGUUCGUGUUAUUUCAGUGAUGCUGAGGGAAAAGACAGAAGCCUAUCGCUGUCAUCUCUGUUGCCAGGAAAAACUGCACAUCUCUAAAAGCGUCACCAGCCUCCACAGUGAUCACUUUGGGUUUAAAUACGGGACAGCAGACAUCAUGUGUCCUGUGCCCUCAGACUGUGAGACCCCAUCUCAUAUCGCUGUGACCUCUGCUGCAGACGACUCUGAAGAUAAACUUGACAAAGAGUUUUUUGAGGUGAAGAACCAGAAGUCGAAUAGUGGCAGCUUUCCUUACAACUUCACCCUCUGCCUCUCCGCAAUGUUUGAUUUCACAAACGUUCUGCAGCUGGUCCAGAGUCUGGAAAUGGUGCAGUUACUGGGGGUGAACAGAGUUGCCAUCUAUAAGACCAACUGCAGCUCUGAAGCACAGCGCAUACUGGACUACUACACACAUAAAGGUUUAGUAGAGGUGAUUCCGUGGUCUCUGUCCAGAUUUCUGAAUGUAUCUCGAGGCUGGCUUCCUGAACACGGCCCAGGUGACCUCCACUACUUUGGCCAGAUUGCUGCUCUCAAUGACUGCGUUUACAGAUACAUGUACCAGUCCAGAUACGUGGCCCUGCACGACAUAGACGAACUCAUUCUGCCGCAGACAGUCGACAGUUGGUUGGAACUUUUUCCUCUUCUACAAAAGAAAUAUGACCAUGAGUGUUACAUAUUUGAGAAUAACGUGUUCCCCAGCACAAAUUUCUCUCCUCCCACCUCCAAACUUUUGUGGAACAAUGUGACAGGGGUGAACAUCCUGGCUCAGCUGUACCACAUACCCCUCAAUGAAAAGACUAAAUACGACGACUACAAGAUCAUUGUCAAUCCACGAGGUGUUUUCUCUGCGACCGUCCACGGACUGCUGAGCUCACAGAACGACUGCUCCUGGGUUGACAGGAAUAUAGCACGGAUGUACCACACAAGAGCUGGGACAAAAACUGAGCUGAAACCAGACCAGCUGAUUUAUGAUGACCGACUGCUGAGCUACAGCACCCACCUCAUACAAACUGUCAAUACUGUGCUCAAAGAGAGUGGAUUUCUAAAUGAAACCAGCGUAUAAUAGCCUGUGUGUGUGUGUGUGUGUGUGUGUCUAAUUCCAUACAAUUCAGGUUUCUCUUUAUCUGCAUCGUACUACAGAAAUCUGAUUCUGAAAUCAGAAAU